ACGCUUGCGUCUAAUUUCGCCACUAGGCGAGUCGAUCUCCGACUCCACGGAGCCGCGCUCCUCCGCCGCUCACCGGAGACCGCAUAAUGGCUUCUCUGCGACCGUCUCUGAGGUGUCUAGGGCUGGGGCUAUAUAAACGACCGACCCAAUCUCUCUCGCGCAUUUCGUCGAACACCUUCCGCGCGUCCUUCUCCACCGCGCCUCUCUCCCCUCCCUCCAAGGCCGUCGUGUACGAGCAACACGGCGCCCCCGAUCAGGUCACUAGGGUUAUUGACCUUCCACCUGUUGAAUUGAAAGCAAACGAUGUGUGUGUCAAAAUGUUGGCUGCGCCGAUCAAUCCUUCGGAUAUCAAUAGAGUAGAAGGGGUUUAUCCUGUAAGGCCUCCAGUGCCUGCGAUUGGAGGAUAUGAAGGAGUUGGGGAAGUAUAUGCAUUGGGGUCUGCAGUUAGCAGUCUCUCAGUUGGCGACUGGGUCAUACCAUCACCUCCAUCUUUUGGAACAUGGCAAACUUACAUUGUGAAAGAAGAGGGUGUCUGGCACAAAAUCAGGAAGGAUGUACCAGUGGAGUAUGCUGCGACUGUUACAGUGAAUCCUUUGACUGCACUGAGAAUGCUAGAAGACUUCGUGAAACUGAAUUCGGGCGACAGUAUUGUCCAAAAUGGUGCCACUAGUAUUGUUGGGCAGUGCAUUAUCCAGCUAGCUAAAAUCCAGGGAGUGCAUAGCAUAAAUAUCAUUAGAGACAGAGUUGAAUCAGAAGAAGUUAAAGAGAGACUAAAGAAACUUGGUGCGGGUGAGGUGUAUAUGGAGAGCCAGUUGGAAGUGAAGAAUGUUAAGAGCCUCCUGGUUGACAUACCAGAACCUGCCUUAGGAUUUAACUGUGUUGGGGGAAAUGCGGCUUCCUUGGUCCUAAAGUUCCUGAGGCAGGGGGGCACUAUGGUAACAUAUGGUGGGAUGUCGAAGAAGCCUAUCACUGUAUCUACUUCAUCCUUUAUAUUUAAGGAUCUCUCUCUGCGAGGGUUUUGGUUGCAGAAGUGGAUGAGUUCCGACAAGGCAAAAGAUUGCCAAACUAUGAUAGAUUACCUCUUGAGCUUAGUCCACCAUGGCAAGCUGAAAUAUGAUAUGGAAAUGGUUCCUUUCGAGGAUUUCAACACGGCACUCGAUAAGGCUCUUGGAAAACUAGGAAGCCAUCCGAAACAGGUGAUCAAAUUCGAAUGAGAUUGAAAGCUCCAAAUGUAUAUGUAAGUUCAUCUAUGAGGAGCCAAUAGAUCCUGCUGUUUUACCUGGAUAAUAAUAAUAAUACCUUCUUGUUUCCUUACUAUAUCCUAAUUCUGGAGAGUCUUUGCGAGAUGGUUAAAAAUGAACAGUGCUUGGGCACCUUAACGUUUGCAUAUUAUGAAUUCUUAGAAUGUAUUCGUCUAUUUAAGAUUUCCUAA